GCUGCGGCCUCCUGGCGCUGCCGCGGGGCUGCGAGCACUGAGGGGGGCCGCGGGGCAGUCGCGAUAGUCGCGAUGGCGUGCGGGGGCUUCGCCUGCUCCAAGAACUGCCUCUGCGCCCUCAACCUGCUCUACACGCUGGUGAGCCUGCUGCUGAUUGGAAUUGCAGCAUGGGGAAUUGGCUUUGGCCUCAUCUCUAGUUUCCGAGUUGUUGGAGUGGUAAUUGCCGUAGGAGUCUUCCUCUUCUUUAUUGCCUUAGUCGGAUUGAUCGGUGCGGUGAAACAUCAUCAAGUAUUGCUGUUCUUUUACAUGAUUAUUCUUCUGCUAGUCUUUAUUGUCCAGUUCUCUGUCUCCUGUGCCUGUUUGGCACUAAACAAGGACCAGCAGAGUGAACUUCUAGAGGUGGGAUGGAAUAACACCAAGAGUGCAAGAAUAGAUAUUGAGAGAAAUCUGAAUUGCUGUGGAUUUAGAGCUUUUCAUCCGAAUGAAUCCUGCACAGCUGAUUGUUUCAGAACUCGCCAGUGUAAACCAUGUGCGCCGAUAAUAGAGGAAUAUUCUGGAAUGGUGCUGAGAUUUGUUGGAGGCAUAGGACUUUUCUUCAGUUUCACAGAGAUUCUGGGAGUCUGGCUGACAUACAGAUACAGGAACCAAAAGGAUCCCCGUGCAAAUCCUAGUGCAUUUCUUUGAUAAGCUUAUAAAGGACUGAAUCUUCUCUCUGCACCCUCUACUUAAAAAUACUGAUUCUCCAUGGUUUGGUAUUUCCCCAUAAUAGGUAUUCUACAUGUACCCAAAAUAAAAUUUAAUUUCCAUAAGAAAUGUGUAGUUUUCAUAUUUAAUUUUCACUAUUUUUCUUCUAAGAAUCUCUAUCUUAAAGUAGAUGGGUGCAUUCAGUAGCUGGGCAGAGUUGAACUGCUGGUUAAAUAACUCUGUUGAGACUUUGUUAAUUGAUACAGUGAACUCUAUACAGUGAGUUUUAUAGCACUACUGGCUUAUCUGGUGUCAAAAAACCCCAGAAGUAUUUUCUGCUGUAUUCACUGAUUACAAAAAUUCACGUGAAUUCUCAUUAAAAUGAUAAAAAUGUACGGUGGCUGGUUGGGUAUGAUUUGCCUAGGUUUUAGGAUGCACUCUAGUAAACUUUUUUGUCUCACAUUUUCCUGUUAAGGUAAAAAUAGAAGCUAAAGAUGUUAUUUUCUGUAGUGCACAUAAGUGUAUGUUAAUGACUACUGUAGUCUUCACCCCUCCCCUUCCCUGUUUGUUUUGGCUUUCUGUAGCUUUAGAAUUUUGUUGAGAAUAAAAAUAAUUUUAAUGGAUAUUGUCACUACAAGAACAAUGAAUGAAGAAAACCAGGAGAAUGUAAUCUGCAGCUGAUUAACUUGAAACUUUUUUUUCUUUGACAAGUGAAUGAAGUCUGGUAUUUGCACAAUCAAUGUUGGAAUCAAUGUCUGUCAUCUCUGAUGUAAGAAACUUGAUGUCUGGAAAGUUGUUGUACAGUUACUUUUUUUUAGAUGGUGUAAAAUUAUUGUUGUAAUAACUCAGCAGUGUAUAUUUCUCUGUCAUCCAGAUAACAGUCUUGAUUUCAUGAGAGAUUGAAUGAUGUGUAAAAAAAGAAAGAACAAACAAAAAAAAUGGUUUCCAGUAGUUUGUUUUCUAAUAACAAAGAAAAGAAUUCAAGUUAGAACAGUGUGUUAUCCAUGUAGUAAGUAUGGCCUGAUGUGAAGGAAAGCAUGAUCCCUCUUCCUGCCUGUACCCGAAAUGUUGCAUCAACUGGAAACAGCAGCCAUCUAAGCACCCGAGGUGCAUAAUGUUCCAUUUGUUUCCAGUCACACUGAACUACAGAGGUGCACUCCACCUUCAUUUAGUUGCUGCUUCUGGUGUGGUAGGCAGCUGCUGUAGCCUGAUAGACGGCUCUGCAGGAAGAAAACGGGAAGAGUAUUAAGGCCCUCUGCCAAGGAAUACAGCACCUGAGCGAGGUGGUAAGGAAGUCAGUGAGGGCAGUCACAAAUAGGUUCUUACAGUCUCUCUUUAGAGGGAGAUGCCUUCUUAUCCAUCAGAGGAG